UGAGAGAGGUCGUCUGGAGCUCCGAGGAGGAAACUUUCCGCUCCGAGCAGCAAGUUGCAGCAGGACUCAUCUCCGGAGAUGCUCUGAGAGCGACCGAGGAGGAAAAACCUGAGGAGCAGAACAACUUUUCUACCGCCCGGAAAGUCGCUUCUUCUAUAAAAGGAGCGCAAUGGUUGAUCGACCGGCUUUAUGCUCCAAUAUGGAUCAGAGGGCAGUGUGCGCCGGAUGCCACCGGCUGAUCAGAGACAGAUUCCUGCUCAGAGUCACAGACGGCCUCUGGCAUGAGGAGUGCGUGCGGUGCGCGGCGUGCGGGGACGCGCUCCAGAGCUCCUGCUUUCUGCGGAACCGCAAACUUUACUGCAAGCGGGACUACGCCGAUCUGUUUGCGGUGCGUUGUGGGGGCUGUGCGGAGGCCAUCUCUCCUGCAGAGCUGGUGAUGCGUGCGGGGGCCGCUGUGUUCCACCUGCGCUGCUUCACCUGCAGCGUUUGUUCCUGCCGCCUGCAGACCGGAGACCGCUGCGUCCUCAGGGAGGGACAGCUACUGUGUGCCAGAGAGGACUACCACCAGUGUCUGGCCAGCCCGACCUCCUCCGACACAGGUAAAAGCGAUGAUGAGGAAGAAGAGGAGGAGGAGGAAGAGGAACCUGGGAGGGUUUCGGGCAGGCGAGUCAGAUCGGAGGACCCUGAGAGCAAGCGGCCCAAAAGGCCGCGCACGAUUCUGACCACUCAACAAAGACGCACCUUUAAAGCCUCUUUUGAGGUGUCGUCAAAGCCUUGCCGCAAGGUAAGGGAGACCUUGGCAGCAGAGACCGGUCUGAGCGUGCGGGUUGUGCAGGUCUGGUUCCAGAACCAAAGAGCCAAAAUGAAAAAACUGGCCCGGAGGCAGCAGCAGCAGCAGGAGCAGCAGCAGCAGCAGACUCAGGAGCAGUGUGAUCACCCGUCAAAUCACACAGUGCCCCCACGUGGUGGUUUAACCUCUGAGAUGGAGCACCUGGCGUCCUCCUACACCCACAUUCAGCAGCAGCAGCAGCAGAUGGGACUCACCACUCUGGAGCAGCAGGACUACGACAUGGACCCCUUCAGACAGGGCCUGACCCCACCUCAGAUGCCAGGGGAUCACAUGCACCCCUAUGGUUUCAAAGGUGUGUUCGUUGAGAUGGACAGAGACCCUCUGUGUCACGUGGCUGACGCCGACUGCCUGUCCCUGGGCGACUCCUCUCUGCUCACCCCCAUCGACCGCCUCUACUCCAUGCAGGACUCUUACUUCACCUCCUGAGGGUGGGGGUCAUUCUCAGCGAGGAGAAGCGGUGCGCCUCCCUCACUCCGCAUCGCUCUCUGGCCUCACCGUGCAUCUGUCUGUAGCAUGCACGAGUUGGUUGAGGAAGUGGUUGCAGAAAAUCACUGCCGAGGUACUCGGUGAUGCCACGCAAUACUCCAUGUGCACCUGCACAUAAACAUUACACUACUGCCUCUUAUGCUUUACAAUCCCACUGUACAACACAGGCUCCUGUGUAUGCACGAUACUGUCGGACCUCUCUCACUAUGUUUGAAUGUUAGAUUAUGAAAUUAUAUCUGCAUCGACUAAUGUAAAUAGCUGUUUGGACGUGUAUUUGUAUUUAUUCUCACAAUGUGUGUAUGCUGUUCCUCUUGAAUGAAUCAAUGAUGGUCAAUAAAACAAUGGUUAUGAUACAGUGAA